AUGAUCCGCAUUUCAACCCUGCUGCUCGCCGCCCUGGACGCGUAUGCACUCGCUGCUGCCGUCCCAGCCCCAGCCCCGGCCGCUACUGGAGGGCCACCCGCUCCCCUACGCCAGCGGCCAAUCGAUGUCGCCGAUCCGCUCAUCACUCCCUCGCCCGCUCUCAACGAAGCUACUCGCACUUAUCUCGAGCGUCGCAAUUUGCUGGACGAUAUCAAAAGUGGCGUAGACUCGGCUCUCACUGCCCUGGGCUCCGAUAUUCCCAGCUAUGUUACCGACGGUGUCGCCAAUUUCUUCCAAGGCUUCCCCUCCGGCUCCGCUGUGCAGAGCUCGCUCGGUCUAAACGACAGCCAGCUGGCCGCGCUGCCGACCCAAGUCCUCAACAUUCCUCCUUAUGCAAACUGGACCGACCAGGGCUGGAACGUUCGGUUCCACGGCAAUGUUUACAAGCAACCAAACACGUCGACGGAAAAGUUGAACGAUUUGGCCAAUGUCUUCCUCAUCGGCACCGAUAUCGAGGAUCUCCCCGCCUCGCAGCAGGAUCAGGCUCGCAACUUGACUGCCGAGAUAUUCAUCGUGCAGCAACCGAAUAAGACGGUGAAGGUGUCGCUAGAGCCCGCACCGAACGCCGGCGGUGAUGGCGAACCUGGCGGUGGCGGCGCUGUGACGCCCUCAGGCGGGAAUCAGACGCUUACCCUGCCCUACAAUACUACCGCUGAAGGCGAUUUCGACGUCUUCCUGCCCAUUGCCAACACCACGGGGGGCCUCGCUGCCGGCAACGAGACGAGCAAAAUCCAACGCCUUAAUGUGUAUGCCGACAAUGCCACUCUUGGCAACGCAACCGCAUAUCUGGUGCCUCCGACAGGAUUGACUAUCAUCAGCGAUAUUGACGAUAUCCUGCGCGUCACCAAGAUUUACCAGCCGAAGGAAGGCCUGUUGAACUCCUUCGCUCGGCCAUUUACGCAGUGGAUGAACAUGCCGGACAUCUAUGCCAACUGGUCCAAGUCUCUGCCGGACAUGCAUUUCCACUACCUGACCACUACUCCAGAGCAGGUCACGAGGAACUACAUGGACUUCAUCUACAAGACCUACCCAGGUGGUAGCUUUGACACUCGGCCACUCAACUUCUCCGACGUCUCGGCCACACUCAGCAUCCGCAAAUACCUGCUGGACAAGAUCUUCCAGACGUUCCCGGAGCGCAAGUUCAUCCUCAUGGCCGACACGUCUAACUCGGAUAUCAUGAAAGACUACCCGGCGCUAGCCCAUGAGUACCCGAGCCAGGUGCAAUGCAUCUUCUUGCGCAACACGUCGGCCACGGACGACGACAAGUUCCCCUACGACACGUCGGGCUUCAAGGACCUCAACCAGCAGAUGUACAUGUUUUUCAAGGUGCCCGACGACCUGACCAACCUCGACAUCGCGAACGGCCGCUGUUACAACGCGUCCAUCCCGCAGAACGUCACCUUCGGGACCCAGGACGAGCUACUCGGCAUCCACGGCGACAGCGCCGCCGCGGGCCCCGUGCAUGCACCCAGCAAGAGUGGUGUGUUUGGCUUGGUCGUCGCGCUAGGGGCUGCCCUGUGGAUGGGAUUGUAG